AUGGUCACCGAGAAGUCGGAGCUCAGCAGAGGACAGUUUCACACUACGAUUUCAUGGACAUUUGGUAACACUCUGGAAACUCUCACAGCUGAUGGAGUCGAUCGCAGCAAGAAGGGUUCUAAGAAGGAAGCCGUGCGGAAGCUCAUGAGGACACUGCCACAGCACGAGAAAAGUCUCGGCGUUAUGUGGAGACAAAUGGCCGGCACUCUGGCCAAGCUGCUAGGGGUUAAACAGAGCGUCAGUCAUUCGCCGGAUGUCACUUCGGGGUUAGUGACGUGCUUGGUUGAAUGGGAGAGUACAGAGGACCCUGGUCAGCGGUGGGUCGGCCGAGGUAGUGGUAGAACUAAAGAUGAGGCUGAGGUUAGGGCGCUGAAAGACAUUUAUGCAGUUGCGGCGCCAUGGAGAGAGAAAGCUGCUGUUGCUCAAGUGCAGAAGAGGCAUCAGCUCCAGAAGGCAGAGGCAGCCCGGAUGGCCGCGGACCUCGAGGCUUCGUCGGCAGGGACCGCUAGCAUGCUCUCACAGAAACAAGCUUCGGAGAUUAUGAUAGCGCACAACUAUAUGACUCAACGUCUUUUCCACAACCCUGUGGUGAAGCUCCGGUCUAACCUCGUGGUGGUUCCGCAUGAGCUGGGUUUUUUGGCCACCUGUGAGUGGAGCUGGUACUCGCGCGAAGAAGGUCCUGGGAAUCCGAGGAAAAGAUCUGCAUCCACCAACGGCAUCGCGGCAAAUCAAAAGAUAGCCAAGGCAGAGGCCUGCCGGUUAAUGCUGGAGAAGUAUGGCGCAUUACAGCCGAUAUCGGCAGACCAAUGGAGGCUCGCUGAUGUUAUCAAUGGUAUGGUAGUGUCCUGUAGCAUCGACCAGGCGGUACAAAAAGCUGUAGAGGCUAUAGGGGACACUCCGAGCCACGGUCGUGCUUGGCUUCGUGUAUAA